CUGAUAUCAAUAUAAUGCUCGAUAAAAUGUAUGUAACAAAAGGCGAUCUAAUUAUUACGUCCAAACCGUUUGCAUUUGUUUUGUUCUCAUUGGAGGCCAACUACCGGUGCGAUCAGUGUUUUAAAAUACUUAAAACCAAAAUAUCAUGUUUUAAGUGCUUAAAAGUGGCGUAUUGUAGCCGUAAAUGUCAGUCGGAGGCCACAGAACAGGACAACCACAGACUUGAGUGUCCCGUUAUGAUGAACCGUCCCCUUUGGACAAUGACUAGACUUAUUACACGUGUUAUUAAACGGUUGGAAAAGUCGGACACCGAUAUGGAAGUAGUGAUCGGCAAUCAUAAACGGGACUGGAGUUGUUUAAUGGACCAUUACGACAAUAUAGUUAAAGAUUAUUCAGUUAUGCGUGACUUUGAGCUUAUUUAUGAUGAUUUGUGUCUAAUUUUUGGUGACACACUGCCGAAGAUGGAGACAAUUAUAAGCAUUUAUGGCAAAUUGCUUAUCAACUCAUUUGCUAUUCAGGACCCACUUAUGAAACCCAUAGGCAGAGCUAUAUAUCUUGGACCAUCAAUUUUUGACCACUCCUGCCGACCGUCGGUUUCAUUCAUGUUUAUUGGUACACAACUGUACAUCAAAGCCAUUAAGUCUAUGCCUAUCACCGAUAUAACUGAUCUGAAGAUCUCUUAUAUAGACGAGUUUGAGACCACCGAUGAACGACAAAAAAUACUGAGAAGUGCCUACUAUUUUGACUGCGAUUGUGAACGCUGUUGUUUAACUGAAUGUGUGGUCCAAAUGUAUGAACAGAAAGAGUUGCGAUCGUUUUGUGAAAAGAUUGAACAGUUGUCUCAGGAGAUGAUGGCUAAGCAAUUGAUUGCACGCACCGGUGGUUCGGGUCAUCAGAAUUUUGGUGUCAGUAUUGCCCAAAAUGAUAACAAUAUAAUUAGCGAAUUGGUGGCCAAUUUGCGCAAAGAUGUGAUGCCAUUGAAUACUGUACUGCAGGUGAAGAUCGCCGAGUUUGUGGCCAAUCGGGACAACAAUUUUGAUUUGUGGAUCCAAGUGAUGGACAUUUUCAGACGAUAUUACGGUGAUUGUCACAAUCGGUUGGCCGUAAAACUCUAUUUGUUGGCCAAAUCGGCUAAUAAGUAUUCGUCGCUAAAAAAUCAAAUGUUAACUGAGGCCAAAGCUAUAGCUGUUUAUAUAACACCAAACUUAAGAGAUUAUACCAGAGAUCAGUUGACAGAAAAGAGAGAUAUCGUUAAAUAUGAUAGACAUCAGUCACUAUCGGAUUCAUUACUUAAUUCAACGCUUUUAUAUUUGAUUGAAUCG